UUAGGCAAAAUGGACAUGUUCCUGGGGAAAGUGACCCAGCAGGCGAUGAACUAUGCCAUCCGGUCUGGACUCACCUUGACCGCGACCUACGCUAUCAGACAAUCAAACAGAUACCUCAGGAAUGCACCCAAGAGCAGUGUGAAGGACGAGCUUAUUGCACUCCAACACCGUCUCCAGCACAAAAUAAGCAUCAUCUCGCCAGCUAUCGACAUGAUCGAACUCAUCGCCGCACGAGGCAACACAUCUCUGGAGUCCGCAGUGGCCUUGACCAAAGAACUGCGUCUGGACAUCCAGUCCCUCGGUCAACGACUAGCUAAGGCGGCGGCUGCUGAGGAGAGUGCUGCUAGAAGUAGCAAACUCAGCAGCCAGAUGAAGACCCAGAACGAGUUCGAAAUGAAGCUUAUUGUCAACGACAUGAAGCAACUGCUGAGCCGUAUCGAGGACGCGAUUCCUCUCAUCAACCUAGCCAUCGCCACAUCCGGCGCAAGUCUCUCAACGUCUCUUCCUCAUACAGUCUCCCCAUCUCGACUACUACAAGCCAGCACCUUCCUCACAGCAGGCGAUACACAAUACUCACUAUCUCCACAAAACGCUGUACAGAUUGGCCCAACGUUCACUUUGACAGUGUACAUGCUAUUUGCCGGCCAUGAUCGGCCACAAAAUGAAGAAGAAAUACGAGAAACCACCUGGAAAGAAGUAAUUCACAAGGCUCGAGUCAAAUUACGCCGAGUCCCGCUCGAUGUCGUGGUCGGUACGGGCUCCGGUUCAGACGCCGUCCCCUCGGUCGAGAUCGUCUCACCAGGUUCUGUAUCGGACGUGGACACAUCCAAAGUCAUACCCGCAGAUUCCCGCAGUGACGAGUACGCCUACCAGAUGAUGAUCAUUGAAGACUUGGACGACGACCGCGUACACGAUUUUGAGGAAGACCAAGCCCGCCCAGGGCCCUUUGAUGAUGUCAGACUCGCUGGCAUGCGAGAGAUGAUACCAAUCCACGAAAUCUCGAAGAUCUUCUACGCUGACACAAGUAAAGUUCUCAACAUCGGUUCCGAUGCAGAGAGCAACCAUCCCGUCCUUCUGCUCAAGCGCGACGUCAACGCCGUGCCCCCACGAAGAAUGGUGGAAAAAGAUAGCCCGACGGACGUGCACCCCGAUCAAACGCGCCGAGAACCAGAAUAUUUCGACACGGAUCGUGAUCGUCGUCAGCGCGAUCCGUGGCGCUUCCCGCCCUCCUUGGAUCCAGAGUGGAUUGCGUUCGAAGUGUACACAGAAUCCGACGCUGAGGAUUCCGAGUCUGAGGCCGAAGAAGCAGAUACAUCGCGUGGUGAUGUCGAUGUCGAGACUUCGCAGUUGUCGGAUUCAGUCUCGAAGAUGCGCAUCAGCAACAACAAUAGUCCAGCACCACAGCUCCAACCACGACCAAUCACGAACCAGACUGCUCCAUGGAUCAACGCGAUCAAAACGUCCCUGUCCCUCCUCGAGCUGUUGCUGCGACUCACGUCGCUCCAGCAGUUCCAACAACAAUCACACCUGAGCAUUACUGAUGAGCUGCUCAAUUUCUUCCUCGAGGAGAGCGCGACGACCGGCGCCGGUGGAGAUGAGAACUACAGACAAGCUCUCCGCGCCGAGGCGAGACGAAGAGUAGGCUGGGAUCCGUACGAUGAGAGUCCAAUGAAACGACGGGGCGAGGAUUAUCAGUAUCAGUAUUAUGCUGGAAGCCCGAGUCCGGGACCGCCGAUGAGCCCGCGGCUGCAGAAUGGGGCGUGGAGUCCGCGCGAGGCGCAAACCCGCUCGAUCACGGCGGUUUCGGAUUACCAGGCGUCGCCGUCGCCGUCGCCGUCGCCGUCACCGCGCCUGGGAGACGGGCCCAGAGGGAGUAGGGCGUCAUGGUUGAAGAGGCAGGAUGAGACUGCGAGGAAGGGGAGUCCGCUACGGCCGCAAACUGCGCUCACAGACGAGGGCAUCGGGACGAGUCCGGCUAGUAGGGAAGGGAGUUGAAGAGUGUGAUGAACGCUAUGAUGGGAGGAGGGGUAGUCCCGGAAUGAGUCACGAUAGAAGAACAAAAUUAGAUACCCCGAGGGAAAAUGCUAUUACUUGAAGAUA